UAGAAGCAUUUUGAGAUUGCACGUCAUGUUGAAGUUUUCCGCUAUAUCUUUAUGAUCCUGGUUCAUAUUUUGUUGCGCCCUUGGUUAUUACGUUAGUCAACCUUUCAGUCGAGAAGAUGAAGUGCCAUUAUGAAGUCCUGGGUGUGUCCAGGGAUGCUAAUGCAGAUGACAUGAAAAGAGCAUAUCGAAAACUGGCCCUCCAGUGGCAUCCAGAUAAGAAUCUUGAUAAUAUGGAGGAGGCAACAAUGCAGUUCCGCCUUGUCCAGCAAGCCUAUGAAGUCUUGAGUGAUCCCCAGGAGAGAGCAUGGUAUGACAAGCACAGAGAAGAAAUACUGAGAGGAGGUUUGGGUCAGGGUGCAAAGUAUGAAGACAAAAGCCUGAAUAUAUUUCAGUAUUUUGAUUCAUCAUGUUAUACAGGAUAUGGAGACGAUGAAAUGGGAUUUUAUGCAGUAUACAGAGAGGUCUUCAAAACUAUUGCUGAAGAAGAUUGUCAAUUUAUGGAGGACAGAGAAAGUGACGAUGAGAUGCCUGAUUUUGGAAACUCACAGAGUGACUAUGAUGAGAUUGUUAAACAAUUCUAUGGGUACUGGGAAAGUUACUGCACAGCUAAGUCCUAUGUAUGGAUGGAUGAACAUGAUAUACGAGAUGCCCCCAAUAGGAGAAUUAGAAGAAUGCUGGAAGUGGAAAACAAAAAACUUAGAGAUGCUGCAAAGAAGGAGAGAAAUGAAGAAGUCAGGGCAUUGGUAGCAUUUGUAAAGAAAAGAGAUAAAAGAGUGCAAGCCCAGAAGAAAAAGCAAGAAGCAAAGCUUGCAGAACUUGCAAAACAACAGAAAGAAAGACAAGAAAGACAGAAGAAAGAACGCUUGAAGAAAUUAGAAAAUUACCAAGAAGCUGAGUGGUCUGCAAUGUCAGCACUGGAAAAGGAACUGGAAAAUCUAGAAGCACACUGGGCAGGAGAGCUAGGGGAGGAACAGUCAGCAGAGGAUGAGGGUGAAAAUGUUGUUGGGGAGGGGGAUGAAGAUUAUGAAGAGGAAGGAGAUGAAUUAUACUGUGUGGCAUGUAACAAACUGUUCAAGACACACAAAGCAAUGCAAAAUCAUGAAAAUUCAAAAAAACACAAAGAGAAUGUGAUGUUGCUGGUAGCAGAAAUGGAAGAGGAUGAAGAGUUGAUAAAUGCCACAGCUGAUGGGACUGUAGGAGAGGAGAUAGACAGGGUAGAGAAUGUGGAUGAAGGGAGUGAGGGGAGUGACAGGGUACUGGAGAUAGAGACGGCAAACAUUAGAACAAAAUUAUCUAAAAAGCAGAAAAAGAGGAGAAAACAACUAGCACAAGUUGAGAAAUUGGAAGCUGGAGAUAAUAAUGUCAGUUCUGUCAAUGAGAAUACAACCAGUACAAAAAAAUUGUCCAAGAAAGAGAGGAGACGAAAAAAGCAAGAACAGGAAGAAGAGGACCUGUCUGACGUGGACCAAGAACAGGCAGUGGGAGAAAGCAUGGUGGAUGUGGCACCUUCUAAUAUCUCAGCAGAUGAAAUCCAAGUGACUGAUGUUGGAGACCUCGGAGUUACUCCAUUGGACCAAGCAGCUAAAACAAAUUGUGCAAUCCCUAACACACAUGAUGACAUGACUCAUGAGAAAAAUGAUCAGGAGGAAACAAGUGGCAACCAGCAGCAUCAGCAGCAUUUUUGCAACACAUGUGGCCAGGAGUUUUCAUCCAGAAAUAAGAUGUUUCAACACUUAAAAGCCACGGGACAUGCACUUAGAAUAGACCAUCAACAGGACACUAAUGUUGUUCCUGGAAAAUNCUACUUCUUUGAAAAAAACCUCAAUUGUCUUAGAUAUUUUGAGAUUGCUGAAGUAAUGCAAAAUCAUGAAAAUUCAAAAAAACACAAAGAGAAUGUGAUGUUGCUGGUAGCAGAAAUGGAAGAGGAUGAAGAGUUGAUAAAUGCCACAGCUGAUGGGACUGUAGGAGAGGAGAUAGACCGGGUAGAGAAUGUGGAUGAAGGGAGUGAGGGGAGUGACAGGGUACUGGAGACAGAGACGGCAAAAAUUAGAACAAAAUUAUCUAAAAAGCAGAAAAAGAGGAGAAAACAACUAGCACAAGUUGAGAAAUUGGAAGCUGGAGAUAAUAAUGUCAGUUCUGUCAAUGAGAAUACAACCAGUACAAAAAAAUUGUCCAAGAAAGAGAGGAGACGAAAAAAGCAAGAACAGGAAGAAGAGGACCUGUCUGACGUGGACCAAGAACAGACAGUGGGAGAAAGCUUGGUGGAUGUGGCACCUUCUAAUAUCGCAGCAGAUGAAAUCCAAGUGACUGAUGUUGGAGACCUCGAAGUAACUCCAAUGGACCAAGGAGCUGAAACAAAUUGUGCAAUCCCUAACACACAUGAUGACAUGACUCAUGAGAAAAAUGAUCAGGAGGAAACAAGUGGCAACCAGCAGCAUCAGCAGCAUUUUUGCAACACAUGUGGCCAGGAAUUUUCAUCCAGAAAUAAGAUGUUUCAACACUUAAAAGCCACGGGACAUGCACUUAGAAUAGACCAUCAACAGGACACUAAUGUUGUUCCUGGAAAAUCUGGAAAGAAAAAUAAAAAGAAAAAGCAUAGAUGAUGACAAACUAUUCUCAAAUUCUUCUUUUAAUGUGUAUAUAUAGGGACAUGUCAGGCGAAAUCAUUUCCAAAAUAAAAAAUGAAAAUGCUGAUGCGACUUUUUGUC